GCGGCUUGACCCCGGCGGCGUUCCGUACCGUCGCGGCUUCGGCGGCGGAAACAUGGCGGCCGUGGCCGGGCCGGUCGUGGAGAAAGUUUCCGACGAGAGGGGCCUGUGCUAGAACGUGCAGCCUCGGGCCGUCGCCUCCCCUGGCGUGUCGCCUCCCUGCUCCGAGUAGCGGGCUCAGCCCUAAAUCUCUCCCUUUUCCGUGUUGGCCCCAGAGACGACUCCGAGAUCGCUAUAAACAAAUCCCACCCAAGAAAAUGCUGAAAUAGGAGUUCAGAUACAUUGGAUUUGCUGGAUGAAAUACAAGCAGUUAAUUUUUGUAAAGUGGGGAGAAAGCCCAAAUUAACAGAUUAAUGUGUAAAUCACUGCGUUAUUGCUUUAGUCAUUGUCUCUAUUUAGCAAUGACAAGACUGGGAGAAGUAAACAAAGAAGUAAACAUGCAUUCUUCAGUGCGUUAUCUUGGCUAUUUAGCCAGAAUCAAUUUACUGGUUGCCAUAUGCCUAGGUCUUUAUGUAAGAUGGGAAAAAAUAGCAAAUUCUUUAAUUUUGGUCAUUUUUAUUCUUGGUCUUUUUGUUCUUGGAAUUGCCAGCAUACUCUAUUAUUAUUUUUCAAUGGAAGCAGCAAGUUUAAGUCUCUCCAAUCUUUGGUUUGGAUUCUUGCUUGGCCUCUUAUGUUUUCUUGAUAAUUCGUCCUUUAAAAAUGACGUGAAAGAAGAAUCAACCAAAUAUUUGCUUCUAACAUCCAUAGUAUUAAGGAUACUCUGCUCUUUGGUGGAGAGAAUUUCUGGUUAUGUCCGUCAUCGACCCACCUUACUAACCACAGUUGAAUUUCUGGAACUUGUUGGCUUUGCCAUUGCCAGCACAACGAUGUUGGUGGAAAAGUCUCUGAGUGUCAUUUUACUUGUUGUAGCUUUGGCCAUGCUGAUUAUUGACCUGAGAAUGAAGUCUUUUCUAGCUAUUCCAAACUUAGUUAUUUUUUCAGUCUUGUUGUUUUUCUCUUCAUUGGAAACUCCCAAAAAUCCGGUUGCUUUUGCAUGUUUUUUUAUUUGCCUGAUAACUGAUCCUUUCCUUGACAUUUAUUUUAGUGGACUUUCAGUAACUGAAAGGUGGAAACCCUUUUUGUACCGUGGAAGAAUUUGCAGAAGACUUUCAGUUGUUUUCACUGGGAUGAUUGAGCUUACAUUUUUUAUUCUCUCAGCAUUUAAACUUAGAGACACUCAUCUCUGGUAUUUUGUAAUACCAGGCUUUUCCAUUUUUGGAAUUUUCUGGAUGAUUUGCCAUAUUAUUUUCCUUUUAACUCUUUGGGGAUUCCACACUAAAUUAAAUGACUGCCAUAAAGUAUAUUUUACCCAUAGGAUAGAUAAUAAUAGCCUCGACAGAAUCAUGGCAUCCAAAGGGAUGCGUCAUUUUUGCUUAAUUUCAGAGCAGUUAGUUUUUUUCAGUCUUCUUGCAACAGCAAUUUUGGGAGCAGUUUCCUGGCAGCCAACAAAUGGAAUCUUCUUGAGCAUGUUUCUAAUUGUUUUACCAUUGGAAUCCAUGGCUCAUGGUCUCUUCCAUGAAUUGGGUAACUGUUUAGGAGGAACAUCUGUUGGAUAUGCUAUUGUGAUUCCCACCAACUUCUGCAGUCCUGAUGGUCAGCCAACACUUCUUCCACCAGAACAUGUACAAGAGUUAAAUUUGAGGUCUACUGGAAUGCUGAAUGCUAUCCAAAGAUUUUUUGCAUAUCACAUGAUUGAGACAUAUGGAUGUGACUAUUCCACAAGUGGACUGUCUUUUGAUACUCUGCAUUCCAAACUGAAAGCUUUCCUUGAACUUCGGACUGUGGAUGGCCCUAGACACGAUACAUACAUUUUGUAUUACAGUGGACAUACCCAUGGUACAGGAGAGUGGGCUCUUGCAGGUGGAGACAUACUACGCCUUGACACACUUUUAGAAUGGUGGCGAGAAAAGAAUGGUUCCUUCUGUUCCCGACUCAUUAUCAUAUUAGACAGUGAGAAUUCAAUUCCUUGGGUGAAAGAAGUGAGAAAAAUCAAUGACCAGUAUAUCGCAGUGCAAGGAGCAGAGUUGACAAAGCCAGUAGAUAUUGAAGAAGCUGACCCGCCACAGCUGGGUGACUUUACAAAGGACUGGGUAGAAUAUAACUGCAACUCCAGUAAUAACAUCUGCUGGACUGAAAAGGGACGCACAGUGAAAGCAGUGUAUGGCGUGUCAAAACGGUGGAGUGAUUACACCCUGCAUUUGCCAACAGGAAGUGAUGUGGCCAAACACUGGAUGUUACACUUUCCUCGUAUUACAUAUCCACUAGUGCAUUUGGCAAAUUGGUUGUGUGGUCUGAACCUCUUUUGGAUCUGCAAAACUUGUUUUAGGUGCUUGAAAAGAUUAAAAAUGAGUUGGUUUCUUCCUACUGUGCUGGACACAGGACAAGGCUUCAAACUUGUUAAAUCUUAAUUUGGAACCCAGAGUGGAAUAUUACUGAGAGUACGUACUACCAGUUAUCGCUAACUUGCCAUUUUUUUGUAUAUUUUUAUUUGUAAAAAAAAAAAAAAAAAAAAAAUCUUGCUACUUCUGUUGUGUUCUCAUUUUAUCUUUUCUCAAGUAAUUAUGGUGUAUGUAAGGUGUUGGAAAUAAGCAUUAUUUUGUACUAAAAGUAUGUAGGGAGUCACAGAUGCUGACUUUGUACAUGUAUAAGAGAUGUUAAAAAUAAUUACAAUGCACUUUGAGGAAUGUUUGCAUAUGCCUCUGAUUAGAAAGGAGACCCUUGUCUCUGCUCUGCAGUGGCCAAUGAAGAAUUACUGAUGCCUUAUUUUCUAGGCAUAGAUUAGAGAAUGUAAACCGGACAAUUUGUUUACUGUUAUAUAAGAAAACUACCAAUUUGCUUAUAGAAGAUUAUUUUUUGUGAACAGUAGGUUUGGGUCCAAGACCAUUUGAAGCAUUACAGACUCUUUCAUAGAAAAGGAAAAAAGGAAGAAGUCUGCUUAAAAUGAAUGCAAAAUUUGCUUAUAGUCCAUCACAUUUAGAUUCUUGGAUGUGACCUGUUACCGGUAUCACAGAGAAGCCCAAAUCACUAUUUAGGUCAAAACAUUCUUCAUGUGGGUAACUGUAAGAAGCUAGAGCCUACACAUUGCUCCUUCAAGCCUUGUUGGGGGCCUCUGAAAGCACUGGCAAAGAGUCUUUCUCAGGGUAACAAUGUUUUCAGCUACAAAUUCGUUCCAGAUAAAUUGUCUUCCCUUCUAAAAUUAGUCUUAGGAAAGAAAUCUAGCACGUUGUCAUUGAUUUAGGCUAUUUUCUGUAUUCAGAAGCGAUUUUAAUCUUUUCAGAGUUAAUGCUCUGCCAUGAAAACUAUUUUUCAAAUCCUCUUUAGUGGUAACAUUUUUUUCAACUGAAGGUCAAAGGAUUGGAAACAGGUCAUUUUUUUUUUUUCUUGUAUACAUGUAUUAUGUAAAAAAAAGUAUUCGUAUUGAUGAUUUUAGUUCAGCAGAAUGGUGUGGUUGAAAUUUUUAAAACUUGAUUCAGUGUUUUAUCUGAUUAAAGCAAGCAAGGAUCAGAGUAUCUCCUAAGAGGUAAUUUACCUUCUGUUCCCUUCCAGUAAUCCUUCCAUUCUAAGUUUUCAUCUCUGAGAAAUAACAAGAAGGGAGAAAAAUUACAUUAGGGGAUAAUCUAAUCUUUGUUGUUUAAAUGGUGUGACUUCUCACCAUCAAAAGCCAUUUUUCUAGCCUCAGAGAGAGGAAAUAAUGCCUCUACCAUUUUCUACCUGGUGACUUGAAAAUUGAAGUUUUAGUUAGGAAGUCACUUAGCGUCAGGGAACUUGUAUACCACUAUCUAUGCAGCAUUGUUAUAUAGUCUGAUUAUUUCUAUGUUUUGAGUAUGAUUUUCCUAAUGUUCUGAAUAAAAUUUUGUCAAAAAUUAAUUUUUGACAUAUAAUGUGCAAAUAAAUAACAGUUGUUCACUAUCUGUACUGACAGGGAUGGUCACAAAAGUGUUCAUGAACUAGAGUUCAUGUUUAGUAAGUAGCAGGUUGAUUUUUCCAAUAUUUGGUUACAUGUUUAUAUUAACAUCAACCAAAUCAAACAGUAUAGUGUUUCAUUACUAUUCAUAAAUAGUGUAGCAGAAAAGCCAAGUGUUAAAAUUAUGAGCUUACAGCUACAAGAUGUGGUUAAAUUAAAAUCUCAUUUAAAUUCCUGAGCAAAUUCACUCGAACAAAAGCUUAUAUCUCUUUACUGAGAAAGCCAAAUAUAAAAGUAUAGCUUACAUUCUUUAUAAAGUGGUAUUAAAAUUUUACUAAAAGGCAUAAUCAAAAGGUAGCAGGACAUUUUUUACACUCACAAAGCUAAUGGUUUGAUGUAUAUUUUGUAUGAAAGUACAGCUGAAAAAGAUCUGGAUUAAAAAUGUGAUAUGAGCCAAUUUACUAAAUUUGACAAAUUCUCCUACCCAAACAAAAAAGAAACUAUAAAUAAAUGACUCUUAGGAGAUGGCAUCCUAAAUUAAAGAUGCCAGUUUUAAAACAUGAAAGUAAAUGUAUAUAGAGAAAAAUAUUAUAAGAAGGACAGAUUGGUUACUUUUACUAAAGAUUAAAAAACAGUUCUGGUAAUUAAUGAGAUUAAUUUUCUAUGGCUUCCAUUUUAUAUAUCAUAUAUUAGGAAGGAGUUACUUGAAGUGAUAGAAAUUAUGUUAGGGCAAAAUUUUAUCAUUCCACUAAAAAGAAAUAGAUAACAUAGAGAUGUUUUUCAACGUAAUGUUGACUUUGUUUCCUUAUAUGAUACCUUACUAAAACCACAGAAGCAGUCCUGUUUGAAAAAUCUUUUUAAGGGAGUUCCCAUGUGGCUCAGCAGUUACAAACCCAACCACUAUCCACGAGGAUGCAGGUUCAAUCCCUGGCCUCUCUGAGUGGGUUAAGGAUAUGACAUUGUCAUGAGCUGUGGUAUAGGUCGCAGAUACGGCUUGGAUCCUGUGUGGCUGUGGUAUAGAGGCAGCUGCAGCUCCAAUUUGACCCCUAGCCUGGGAACUUCCAUAUGCUGUGUGUGUGGCCCUAAAAAGAAAAAAAAAAAAAAAACCCAAGACAAAAAAGUGCACAUUGUUACAUGAUAAAUUAAGGAGCCAAGUUUUAUUCAUAACUUUCCAAUUAUGCUAUUAUUUCAUUCAAAUUUUGUUUUAAUUUGCUCUGACUAAACUCUUCCUGAGAUAUUUAGUGUUAUCUUUGCAUAGUUUUCUAUCUCACUCUUAAUAAAUUUAUAGAAAAUCCUAUAGAAAAGAACUUUUUCAGAACACCAUUUUUAUGAUGAGUGUUUUCAUAAGUUAUAUGCUUUUAAAAAGUUACAUUGCUAGUAAAAUGCAUUUAUAUUUAAUUCAUUUGUGAGUACAUUUUUUUUUGGAGUAAAACUUCAUUACAAUCUAUUUGUAACUGUACAUUUUGUUUAUAAAUUUCAGUUUAAAUAUAUUUGCUGUUUUGGAUACUA